AUGCAAAAUGCAGCGAGUACCCCGCUCUUCGCGCCAUCGUACAAGAAGCGCGACAUAGAGGAUGGGCUAUACGUGUUUUCAGCGCAUUCGAAAGCUAUCCGGGCCGCCAAAGUCGAAACGCUCCUCCUUACUCGCCGCAUGCAAUCAUCACUCCCACGCGAACUUCGGGACCUUGUAUGGGACCACUAUUGGGACUUCGGCGAUGCACCUGAGCAAAAAAUGGCAGAGAAAUUCAUUGCCGUCGCUGAUAACCUGCACAACAAGUGGCGCCGCUGCGAAGGCUUCGACACUUGCGUCGCUCUUGAAUAUCAAGAGCCGCAAUGCAGGCUAUGCCCUGGAAUACCAACCGCGCUGUUACCGCUGUUCGUUGGACCAGAUACAGCAUUUGAAGCAGCGGAACGCAUGUACAAAUAUAUGGUACUCUCUGUUGACGACAUCGUCGAUCUUCCUCGCCAUCUCUACAUUGAUACCUUCCAGCUCGGGGUGAACGCUGCGACUAGCAUCCGAAGGAUCCAAAUGUGCACCAAGACAUCGACAAUCAGGUCAGAAGCAGCUAAAGGCCGCCUUUCGUUCAAGAAACUACGCGAUAUCAGCAGAACGUUCGAAGCUCUCCUCCACCUGCGAAACAGAUCGAAUUUGUCGGUUUCUCUUGCGAUCAAGGGUACGGGAAGCGCACUGGACUUGGAGAUGAUCUUGGAUGCUUUCUCUCAUGUUUAUCAGCCACUUCGCCACUCCGCAUGCAGUUUCGAGAUCACCGCAUAUGUCCCUAUCCAGACGGCUUGCCUCAUACUCUUUCAGGACGAUCAGUCAUUAUACGAGUGGCUAAAUGUGGGUGACUUCUGGGACAUGCCGUUGGAUGUUUGGCGUGAGAGACAUCAGCUCGAAGACCGCAUGAUUUCACAGACAGUAUUCAUGGGCCAUGAGGAACAGUUUCAGCAAUAUCCGCCGUUGCAGUACCUUGGACGAGGGGGUCAUCUGUACAGGGAUUGGACUUACUACGGGUAUUAG